UAUGGUUAUAAUCGUUAUAACCUUCAAUUCAAAUUUAUUUAGAACAACAUUUAGUAAGGUAUUAUAAUGAAAAUGGAAACAGAAAAGUAUUUUCAAAUUGUCGAAAUCAUUCGAAAUUAUAAAGGACUUUCUAAAGACUGUUUGGUGGAACUCAAACACAGAUUUCAGGAUGUACCCAGUAAUACUUUAUACAGUAUACUAUCAACUGAAUAUCAAAAAUUUAUGAAACAACAUUACUGCAAAAGUUCUAAAAGAAUUGAGAAAUAUUAUAGUGAAUACUGUAAAGCUAUUCAUAAAAGAGAAGAACCUGGAAUCAUACUACGAAUGUCCAAGGAGAAUAAUUUAGCUCCUUGUUUAAUAGGUAAAUUAAUAUUACAAAAAUAUUUUGAAAAGAAAAAUGGUGAUGCAGAUAGUAACUCUGACAAAUCUCAACAAAACAUUAACUUGUAUAUGAGGAAUACUUGUUUAAUACCUGACACUGACUUAUCUUAUGAAAUUUAUCUGUGUACAAUGUAUGAUGAUCAAUAUAGUCCUUUAGUGGAAGUUAUAAAAAUGUCUGUGGGCCAAGAAUAUGAAUUACUUUUGGAAAGAACACUAAAGGAAUUGGGUCUGGCUUUCCGUAAUGAGGAAUAUUUAAGAAGAUAUGGUUAUGACAAAACACCUGACAUUAAAAUGGAAAUACCUAUAAUGAUAGAUGGUGUUAUAAUAAACUGGAUAGAAAGUAAAGCACUUUUUGGCUCAGAGGAACUUCAUAGAGAGUAUUUUAAGAAUCAGUAUUUCAGUUAUUGGAAUAGAUUUGGGCCUGGACUAGUGAUUUAUUGGUUCGGUUUUGUAGAAACAUUAAUUCAAACAGAUGAUAAAAGGUUUAUAAUUAGAGAUAAUUUUCCAAAAGACAUUGCUGAUAUUACGUCACUCAUUUAAAAUUGCUUUUACUUAUUUUUUCUUUAUGAAAAUAAGAAUGUCAAGUUAGUUAA